CAGCAUCUCCGUCGUUAUCCUAGGACGACAAUUUAGUGCGCGAGCGCGAUGCGGUCUGCGAGAAGAUGAGCCGUGAUAGAGGCAGUUCGGCGCGGGUUCUUUAAUAUUGGAGAGGUCUGCUUUUGCCGCUAAAUUCCAACGAAAAUUGAUAAUGAUGAAGUUCUUCUCGUGACGCUGACUCGGGCAUUUUGUCCACGUUCGUUCCUCAGAGAGCAUCAAGCUUGCUUGGACUACGUGAUGUCGUUCACGGGAUCGUUCGGUCGUGUUGCGGUUGCGUGUUCCGUGUUUCAGGGUCUCGCGUCUGUUACCAUGAUGCUCGGAAACAAACAGUUGGCGCGGGUUUUUCCCUUCCCUUUUCUGGUGAUUUUGAUCCAGAACUUUAUCGUUUUCCUGUGCUGUGGAGGCAUUGUCUUGACCAGAGCGGAUGAACGGCAGCGGGCGUUCCAGCUGCGGCCAAAGCAUUUCUGGCGCUGUCUGUGGGUGGGGAUCGCAACGGCACUGGUUCUCACGUCCAGCAUCGUCGCACUGCGCUUCUCGAGUGUACCCCUGGUCGUCACGUUCCGGAACCUUACGCCAAUAGUGGUCGCGGCACUGGAUCACGUGGUCUUAGGAACCAAUUUCCAACGAAGCGCGCAGCUUGGCCUAGUAUGCGGAGUCGUGGGGUCACUGCUUUAUAGUGUCUUUGACCCGCCACGUGCGGAAGAGGUCGCGCCAGCACUAAAUGCAACGAAUCAAAAGCUGGUAGCAUCGGAGAACGGAAAACUGACGAAAACCUCUGCUGCAGUGAACAAUAUUAUGACAUCAGUUUCUGAUGUCGUGCCUCGCGCGGGUGUUCUAUUUGCAAGUGAAUUGGGCCUAGCGUUUGUGGUGGGAAACAUGUUCCUGUCCGCGAUUGUGAACAUACUGGAAAGCACAACAAUGCGGAGUCUGAACGAAGAGCAGAGCCCAUCUUCCGUAAAUUGUAUUCGGAUUGCAGUGAUGACGCCCGUACUGCUUGCUUUUUCACUGGUGUUCGACGACAUUCCACAGGCUGUGAAUCUUCUUCAUGCAGAUUGCGCUCGUCUUCUUUUAAGAUUCGGAACUUACUAGGUAAGAAUGCAACACGCUGCAGAUGGAACCCUGCACUACUGAGCGUUCUUGGUCUUCUACUCCCGUUCCUCAGCAGACUUCCUAUUAGACUAAGAUAAAUUGACAGAAAAUGAAUAUCGAUGUGAAGAGUUCUAAUUUUUACCUCCUUUCCGUGGUCACAAAGUGAAUUAGCCGAGACUGCCGCAUUACUGAAAACCGACGACACGAUCCUCGCCCACCGGGUAAGAGCGCUCGCUACGCCUGUGCCGCUGCUGCUCCUCACCGGCGUCUUCGCAGCGAUGUUCGGCGUAUCUACCCUGACGCUGAGCAGCCUCCGUAUUUCGCCCACCACGCUCGCUUUUCUGAACGUGUUUUAUAAGUUACUGACAACUGUCGCAGGUCAUUUUGUUUUCCCGUCAGUUGUGCCUUUGGCAAGCUGGCUAGGUUAUGGACUGACCUUCUGCGGCUUUCUAUCCUAUGCACUAGGGCGUAUAAAACCAUCGGGUGGUUCGACCGAAGAUAAGAAAGACAAGUAAUGAUAAUUGACUGGCACUACACGAAGUGAAGGUGAGACGAGCACGAAAGUUCUUUGAUAUGACACGAAU